CCUCCUCCUCCUCCUCCUCCUCCUGCCUGCCUUGGGCGCCAGGCGGGCUGCUUGCCUUGUCUCUCCCUGCUGCUUCUGCGCUCGAGAGCGGCUCUGUCCUUCUCCCCUUCGCCGCGUCCUGUGGCCAUGGAGGGGGACUGCCUGGCGGCGAAGGUUUGCUACGGAGGGCUGCCACCUCAGCGAUGGCGGCCCACGGGACUCAGGGAGGCCGAGAGCGCCGCUCUCGGCCCCACGGCGGCGCGGCGCGCGGCCCGCGCCAGGCGCAUGGCUGCGUUGGUUGCGGGGUGCCGCGCGGGGCCGUGGCCACCUGGGUCGUGGCAAGACCGCGAGCAGGCUGCGCGCCCGGCGCUGCGCAGUGCUGCGGCGGGUCUGCGGGUCGCGGGACGGCCGCGCAGGCGGCGCAACGCGGCUUGGCAUGCUGCCGACCCCCCACCGCGAGGGUUCGCGCGGGCGACCGACGAGGAGCUGGAGGCUUCUGCGGCGGGCCCGCGGCUGCCGGCCUUCGCGGGCCAGGGUGGCCCCCUGCCGGCGCCGGCCCGUGGCGGAGACGGCGAUGCUGUUUUUGGCGACGGCGGUGACGGAGACCAUGCGCCUGGUGACUGGCGGCCUCGGGACUUCCAGUCGGAGGCCACCGCCUUCGGCUUUGGGUUGAUGGCGGGCUGGCGGCUCGCGGGCGGGGACAUGGUCAAGUCCCAGUGCGACGGUGACGGGACCGAGAGCGGCGUCUCGGUGGAGCCCGUCGUCGACGUGGCAGGCGAGUCGGAGGCCGUCGUAGUCGACGUGAGGCUGGUUGUGCCGUUCCAGCCUGCGGCGGAGAUCGACGGCGACGGCUCCCACGUGCCUGAGAGCGUCGACAGUGGCGAGGAGCCCCUCGCUGAGCUCGGCGCGGUGUCGGAGGUCGACGUCGAGGACUUCCUCGACAAGAUGCUCACGGCCUCGGGCCCCGAGGGAGGCGCGCAGAGCGUCAGCAUGGAGGACGUGGUGCGCCAGAUCGAUAGCGACGGCAUGGACAUCGACCGCGUGCACGCCUUCAUGAGCUCCACGCGCUUCCGCCAGUGUUUCCGCGUGAUGGGCGUGCGCAUCUACCGCGUCGUCGUCGGUGGCAUUGGCCUCUCGGCAGCCGCUGAGGCUCGGUGGCGCGCGCUCUCGGGCGCUCUCUAGUGCCGCCGCCUCGAAUCCUGGAGUUGCGGCCCAGGGGCCCCCGUCGCGUCCCCCUGCGGACGGGGGCGUGGGCCGCACACCGUCGCGGCAGCGGCCCGCGCGCGGGGAUUUCGAACUUCUGGCGGCCCUCGGCAUCGUCCAGCCUGCUGGACGGGGUCGAGGGCUUCCUUUGAAGCUGUGCCAUCCAUCCAUCCUCCUCCUCCUGCAUCGUGGUACAAUUCGCUCUAGCGGCAUCCCCGCUUAGGCUUGAUCCACCGCCAAUGCAGGCGUCCCCUGCCCAGCCGCCGACGCAAAAAGCGUUCGGGGGGUGGGCGCUGUGUCCGGGGGCUCCGGCCGCCCACGUGUUCGGCGACGCUCCUGGGAGAGAGUACUUGCAGUGCCAACCUUUUCUUCGCCUCGGCAGAGAGCCGCAUGGGGGAUCUCUUGCGCAGGGUGGCGGCAAGCAGAGUGGGGCUGGCA